AUGUUGGAAAAUCAAGUAACAUAUGAAAGAAAUUUAAGAGAAAUCCCUACUUUGCCUAUUGCACGUAAAAGUGUUGUUAUGGGUACAACUUGGACAUUUAAACCAUCAGAUAAAUACACCUUUGUACAACUUUGCACUUCAAGGAUGGUUGAAAGAUUUGGCAGAGAUUGUGCAAAUUAUGAAGAAAUUAAUAUAAAAUUUAAUAAUAAGUUAGAGAUGAGAGGAAAUGUCACAAAUGAAAUGAUGCAACCGAAACAAAACAAUAAUCAUUUAUCUACUACUAUUGCAACAUCUACUGCUGCAAUAGAAUAUGUGAAAACAAAAUUCACAAAGAAAGAAAAAGAACCACCACAAAAAAAAAAUGACAAUUUUAAUGCUGCAUCAACAAGAAGCAAGGUAGUAAAAUCAUCUUCAGAAUAUUUGAAAUCUAUUUCACAAGCUUUAUUAACAAAUAAGUUUGACAUACCUAAACAAAUCGUGGCAACUCAAUCCAGAAAAAGAAAAGAAGUAGCACCAAUUAAAAUAGCUACCACAAGGAAAAUAAGGAGACUCAAGAAUCUAAUCAGGAAAUUUACACCGUCAAUGAUCUCUAUAAUGUAUGCACAUAUACCAAACCACUCAAGUUAUCACCACCAAGAGAAUCUAAUGAACGGCAAAGAUUUAGUUCAUGAGCUAAGACCAACCAUUGUGGUUGAUGAUUCAAGCAUGACCACUUUCACUCUGCCAUUACAAGGCGAUUCUGGAAUUUCAUCUUUAAAUGAAAGUCCUCCAACUGGUAUUUUACAUGCAGUUGAUUUAACAGGUGUGGAAGAUGGUGUAGUUUUAGCUUGGCAUAACAACUGGGUCUUGGUAGCACGUUUUGAUGAUCAUGUAGUAAUCAAAAGAAUAUCAUGUAGAUUAUGUAAGAGGGUACUUGAAGCAGCUUUUAAAUAUUUAAGUCUUUAUGAACUUCCUGAAGCGCAUGAAGUUACUCUUUAUGAAUACGAAGACUAUAGAAUAGAACUUGCUAAAUGCAUACACUGCAUACAAGAAAAGUAUUCUAUAGUUCAUAAUCCAAAACGAAGUGCUUUUAAAGAACAUGAACCAAUUAGCGAUAAAAUACAACUUGGACCAGGCUUAACGCAAAAUGAAGAAUCAAUAAUUAGUUUAAAAGCUGGUAUUUUAGAAUGCUCUACUAAGUCAGGGAAUAAGUUGUGGGUGGAUAAUAACCAAAAAAGAUAUGUUCCGGCUGCAGGAGAAUCUGUACUUGGAAUAGUGACACAUAAAACUUCAGAAUUUUAUCGUUUGGAUAUUGGAUCUGCUCAUCAAGCAAUCCUAUCCAACUUGGCGUUUGAGAAUAUAGGAAGUUUAAUAUAUGCAAGAGUUUUAUUAGCAAAUAAAGAUAUGGAACCAGAACUUGGAUGUGUUAAUCCAGAAAAUGGUAAAGCUGAUGGAUUUGGUGAAUUGAAAAAUGGCUAUUUAUUAAAAUGUUCUUUAAGACAUUGUAGAAGUGGAUGA